AUGAAUAGAGCAGUUGUUCAUGUAUUAAUGGACAUAAUAUUAUGUUUAUCCAAACAUAAUGAUGCAUUCAGAGGACAUACUGAGCAUUUAACUAAUGACAUUAGUGGAAAAUUUCUAGAUUGGGUUAACGUUUUUUCCAAUCAUCAUACAAUUUUAGCUUCUCACUUGGAAAAUAUUAAAUCAUUAACAAAAGAACAAAGAUUGACAUUUCUAUCCAAAUCAUCUCAAAAUUCUAUGCUCAACUGUAUUGCUGAAUCGAUUCGUGAAACAAUUUUAAAGGAAGUGAAACAGGCUGCAAAGUAUUCACUUAUAUGGGAUUCUACAACUGAUGUGUCAAAGCUCGACCAAUUUGCUUUUGUAUUGAGGUAUUGUACAAAUGAUGGGCUCAUAAAAGAGCGAUUAAUUUGUGUUGAUGAAACAGUAGAUCCAACUGGAAAUGGGAUGUAUGAGUUAUUUUGUAAAGUAUGUGAUAAAUAUAACUUAAACUGGAAGCAUGAUUUAAUUGGACAAGCUUAUGAUGGUGCAUCUAAUAUGCAAGGAGCUGUAAAAGGAUUAAGCUCACUAAUACAAAACGAAAAUAAAAGUGCAUUACAUGUAUGGUGUAGUGCACAUUGUUUAAAUUUAGCAGUUGUUGAAUGUCGUGAAGCAACUGAAUGCGCACAAGAUUUUUUGGUACAAUUAGUAGUAUGGUAA